AUGUGUGAAACCGUUGCAACUCGUUUAUGCAUGAAAAUCGGCAAACCAAAGCAAAAUGCGGAAGUCACGUUGCAACCAAGAAUUGGUGUAAUUAUGCAAGAGACGAGUAGAUUUUUCGUGACAAUGCGCCGCCAUCCCGCGAGAGCAAAGCUGCUCAAUCUAUCAUUGAACAUCGGGUUGCGUGCGGCUUCCUUCGGGUUGUUGGUGUACCCUUGUGCUCAUGUCUUCGUGAACAUGUUGCCAGUCGACAGGAAAUCGGCUGUGGUUCCCCAUGCCUUUUUCCAAGGUGAUGGUUUCCGACCUGAUGAAACAAUCCCUUUUACACAAAGCAGUUCCAAUGAUGAAGCACGAGGUGGACAGAACCGACGCAAAGGUGGCGUAGAUGAGAUAGAUGAAGACUCAGCCGUUUUCAACACAGGUGAUUUCAAUCCCUACGAAAUCCUAGACCUUUCCCCAUUCGACGAUGUCGGUGAAGAUGAGCUCCGUGCGGCCUUUAGGAAGCAAGCCAAAAUUUUCCAUCCUGACGUUCCAGGUACCGGAGACACUGAAAAAUUCCAACUGAUUAAGCGAGCAGUUGAAGAGCUCGCAUCAUUGGGUAUGAUUGGUGAAUGGAAAAGGAAGCCUGCAGCAGUCAUCAAUCGAAAAGAGAGGGGUCAAACCGUGUCGGAAGAUUAUUGGGAAUUGCGUGGACGUGAUUUUUUCGCCGAACUUGAGACUGAGUUGACGGAUGAGCUUAAGAUGAGGUUCAAUGAGUCCGAUAAGGAUUUGUCGGACGAGCAGCUCAGGGGUCGAUUUCAGAAGGAAGAUGAGUUUUGGGAGGAAUUCCGAGCCCGUCAAGCAGAUCAAGAAGUCUUUGAUAGAGUGAAGGACUGGAUCGAGAAGAAGCGUGAGCAACGUCGGCUCCUGUUGCGACAGAGGCUCAGAGGUGUGUCGCAAGGCUCUGGCGAUGCUGACGUUCCAUCCGAACCCGCUUCACCUCGCACACUGCGCAUGGUGGAGCAGCGCAUCGGUCAAUGGCUGGGUCUCCCACGCAACAUGUUGACAGACAUGACAUUGGACGAGAUUGGUUUUUUCGACCCAUCAAGCUGGGACGAUGUUUCCGUUUGCUUGAUGUUGCUAGAAGAAGAUUUUAAUGCCGACCUGGUAGCUGUAAUGGAAAAGAAAGGCGAGUCAAGUAAGAUACAGCUGCCGGAUUGGGUUAAGACCAUCGCCGACUUUGCAGAUUUUGUGGAGCUGCCUGUUCUGGGGAAGGAAUUCGACCUGCAAGGCCACCUGGUCCUCCUCAGUAUCCGCAUGCAUGCCACCUGGCAUGCCACCUGGCAUGCCACCAGGAAUGCCACCUGGAAUGCCCCGUGGAAUGCCGCCUGGCAUGCCGCCUGGCGUCCCGCCCGGGAUGCCGCCUGGUAUGAUGCCGCCACCGCCAGCGUAUCCUGUUCCGCCUGGUUAUCCAGGACAGCCAUAUGGGAUGGCACAUUCGAAGGUGGAAAGCAAAGCAACAGCAGCGGCGACAAGAGAAAGAAGAAAAAGAAGGACAAGAAAGCAAGAAAAAGGAGCCCCACUGGAAAUGUUGACGAUUCCGCGACGGCAGCACGUGCCCAAGCUGCCUUACGAGCAGCUGCUGCGGCAGCUGCCGUUGCAGGGGCACGCAGGCGGAGUGCUUCUCCUCUCGCUGGUGAAGAUGUCGCAGGCUCGCGUGCGAAAGAGAUGGCUGAAGCGCAGCAGGCAGAAUCAGAGCACGAAGACCAGGAUAUGGCAAAUCGCGCCCGUGGCUUUAUGAGACCUGAGAAGAUCGAAAUUCUUCAACUUCCGAAGUCCGUGAUCGGCAGGGUUAUCGGGAAGGCUGGCGCAACCAUCAAAGACAUUCGAGAGCGCACAGGUGCUCGAAUAGAUGCUCGAGACCAAACAGAAGAUCCCGUACAGGUGCUCCUGAGUGGCACGCUGGAAGCCUGUGAGCAUGCUAAGGCGUUGAUCCUGGAGGUUGCCGACGGCGCCCUCGUUGCAGGCACAGUGCCUCAGUUUGGAGCUUCAGUGCAACUGACUAUCACAGUGACUCGCGUGAAAUUGGAAGAGAAGGCCGUCAAGCAAACAACCUAUGUGGCUUUUGCAAAUAGCAAGCCAGAUGUUGAAGAGCACGUUGAGCUCCCACGGCAUGCGACGGGCAAGGUGAUUGGAACCAAGGGCCAGCAAAUUGCAGAAAUUCGUCAGAAAAGCGGUGCGCAGGUGGAUGUGGACAAGUCUCCUGCCGGCUGCAGGGUGCGCUUUGUAGGAACGCAAAGCCAGGUCGAUGUGGCAAAGGCCAUGAUCAAUGCAAUCAUGGUUCCGCCAUCUGAUUCAGGCAGUGGGGAGUAUUUAGAGAUACCUCGAAGCGCUGUGGGCCGUGUAAUUGGAGCUGGAGGGGCGCGAAUCCAGGAGCUGCAGGAGCGCAGUGGCGCAAAAAUUGACAUCGACCGGCAGCCUGACCGCUGUUUGGUGCGCUUCGGUGGCUUUCCAGAAAGCAUACAGCUGGCAAAGACCCUGGUCACUGAGGUACUGGAAGGUUCAAUUCAAUUUAAGACUCUCAAUGGUUGGUGCGUGGUGCAGGCCGAGACAGGUCUUCGGCCCAUGGCGGCCAUGAAGGUCCCAGUGGGUGCCGUCUUUCAUCCUCAACCGUUCCGUCCAAAUCUCAAGGAUACAAGUGAUGGCAGCGACCUAUCGCUUCACUGGGAUGUGGACGCAGAUCCUGAUGCUUUGUUGGAGUUAGACCUCGAACACCCAAGAGGUGUCAGAAUAGUUGAGUGCGGCCAUGACCACUUGGUGCUGCAGGUUCCAAAGGACAUCUUGCAGCGGCUGGAUAAGUUGGAGCACGUCACUGCUUCUCACAUGAGCUAUUGCGUUGUGCAGGUUCCACAUCCACAUCAUGCCGGCCGGGGCAAAGGUCUUUCUGCUUCAUUUUUGGACUUGGUGCGAGAUGGCGUCAACAGCAUCGGCGAGAUGCAUGGUGAGCCACUGGUGCCCAGCUUCAAAUUCCAACCUGAGAAGACAAAUGACGUGCAGGACAAUACUUUCUUCAACUUGAACAAUCCGACCGAGAAGGACAAAUUCAGAUGGAACUGGACGUAUGAGGCCAACAGCACCAAGAAUCCGCAGUACAAGUACACUUUUCCCGGCGGAAAAGCAUGGCUGAGGCUCUUCAAGCCCAAGGUGCACGCAUGGUUGGGGUUCACAAUGAACUUGAGCAGCCACCUGCCAGAUAUCACGCAAGCGCCACAUGAGACAGUGGACAUUCUUGUCCAGAGUUUUGCAGACUUGGAUCUAGACAUUGGGACCGCGGCAGACUUUGACAAAGACAGAUCUUCGUCGGUGCUUCACAACAUGUUGGACGUUUUUCCCAUUCCGAUCCUCAGCAAGCUGAAGACGGAUACUGCAAUGUUUAUGCGGCCUUUUACCUUCCAUAUAGGUGGCACGCCAGUCACCGUCACCCCGGGAUGGAGCAUCAACAUGAAGAUCUUCCACAUUGGAAAGCUGAAGGGCACAAUGCGAGUUGGCUUAGAGACGAAGCUGCUUUGCCGUGGGACCAUGCACUUCGACACGACCUUUGGCGAGCAGCACAACUUCUCUGUGGAGAUGAGGAAUGUCAACUUCACUUCGCCUGCGUGGCUGCUAUUCACAAAGCAUUUCCAGCUGGGAGUGGAAUUUGAGCCGAAUAUAUGGGUGAAGGGCGGUUUCGGGAUACUGCACGAUGUGGAGAUGGGCUUCGGCUUGAGGCCAUAUUUCAACAUGAGCAUCAUGGAGGACAUGGGGGAUGGGUCUGAGACCAACGAGCUGGCCAUAUAUCCAUAUCGUGUUGUUGGCCUGCCGCUAGGAAGCUGCUUCGCUCUCAAAAUCAGUGCCAACGGACAAUACAAGAUCACGGCCUGCCAGUUAAGCAUCGGUGGUGUCAUUCGCUUCCAGAACAAAGUAGAGAUCUUCGAGUUUGGCCCGACAUCGCUGAAACGGCUUCUGGCAGAUCCAAUCAAGGUGGAUAUCCUGAAGGAUGGUAAGGAUGCUGUUGCGACUGGUGAAGUUGUAUGUCACCAAGUUGAAAGUGGAAGGUGCCAACCACAUCCAACGGAAGUUCGUAUGGUGGUUGACGGUCAGGAGGUGGUGGCGCAUUUGGGCAUCUACUUUCAGGCCAAUGCCUUGGGCGAGCUGGAAGUGAACAUGCAGAGCAUUAGCGUACGAGUUCCCAUGUUCACGCUCCAUGGUGCCGAGAAGCAGGAACAGAUGGUAGCCGAUAAAGAGAAUCGCAAGAACUUGAAGCUCUGCCUCUGCCACAACGGACGUGAGCUCUGCUUCCCUCUGGAUGCGAAGUUUCCCGGUGAGAAUCAGCUGUUUACCAGCAAAGCCAUCUAUGAAUUGGGUCCGGUGUUCACAGAGCUCUGGAAGACAAAGCCGCUGGGAGCCAUGUCGAAGAGUCAAACUCCCAACGAAGCAAGGCUGCAGAACACGCUAGAGAUCCGCGGCGCAAAUGGCGUAGUCAUAUGCAGGGGUGUGAUGCUCCAGACGCAAGUUCAAGAGGAGAAGCCUAUCAAGAACCUUGAGGACUUGGAAAGUGAACGCCAGGAAGCCAUGGAAACGCUGCCGACACAAGUCAUGCUCGUAGAUCCGGAGAAUCCUUCCAAGAUGGUGGGCUCCUGUCAGAUUGAGAUAGACAUCAUGCCAGUGGAGUACGGAGCGUACUGGGUCCAACCAUUUGAGGCCGACAGAUUUGUGGUGGGGCUGUCCUACACAUUUGCUUGGGCCACUCAUGGGGCGGUUGCAGGGAGCUACUACAGCUUCACAAUCGCCCUUCACGAGGUCGAAGGGGACAAAUGUGCAAGCCAUGGAGAGAAGUUUUGGAGUGAAGACAUCGAGGUGCAAUGCAGCACAGACCCACGGGUCAAGGUUCAUCGCUAUCAUGGUGGUCACUUGCCAUGUGUCUUCGAGAGACAGGUGGUUUGCCCGCAGGAAGCGGCAGGAAAGGCUGUCGUUGCUUUGGUGACCUGGCAUGAUGCAAUGGACUUGCCACACUACAUGGCUUCCAAUGCUUUCUUCUGCGACCACAACAAUGGGCGCCGCCUCAAUGUUACUGCAGAAGAGGCUGCCGCCCAGGUUAUCAGAAAUGAUGAAAAAGUAGGCUUUGGCUUCGAAUCGCAAGGUCACAAAGAAGGUCUUAGUCUCAAGGCUCAAGAGGCCUUUCGUGAUCUGGCGAAGCACUGUCAUGAAAAGCCGUUGAAGUAUAGCAUUGGAGCGGGCAUCAACUACAUCCAGCUCGUGAAGAACAUCCCAUACGCAGGAGGAGGUAUGGGGGCAAUGGGUCACGACGAUAAAUCAGGCAUCAUGUCCGGUCAUUUCACACCGGAUGGCGGCUACAUCUCCAAUCCGUAUACGCUUUGGCGUUUGGGGCAAGAUGACGAGCACCGUAAACGUUUGAGCGACUUGCUCCCCGAAAGUGUGUGUGCUGGGGGAAUUUGCGAAGGAAUGAUGCUGGGCUGCCAGAAGACAAAAGUCAGACCCAUCAACAUCCCAAAGAUCUGCUACAAGUUCUCGCGCACAUUCAAUUGGAUUCCGCAUGUUGGUCCGAGCGCGAGGCAUGUCAUUGCCUACGGCUUAAUGGUUUUACCUGCAGCAGUGAAAGAAGCUGGCAGGGAGGCUCAACAAAUGCAGAAGGCAUUGCAGGCUAACUCCAGCAACCUCAGCCAGUCCCAGCCCCUGGAAGCGUUGACCGAAGACCUCGGGAAGAUCUUCCAACCACAGCAGAGCCGCCGACUCGACCAGAAAGUCUUGCAGACUCCGGCUGGGGGUGAGUUCAGAGAAGAGACGCUCGAUGACAUGGAGGAUGACUGGAGCAGGCACGGCGCUUUUGACGAGAUGAUUGUGCAAAUCACCGAGCCAAUGCAUUACCCGAUCACCGAUGCAGUGAUGCAGUACCUGCUAGCAGCUGAUGCGUUCAGAGGCUUAGAGGAUGGUCGAGAGGCUACGCAUGGCCCGAUCAAGAUCAUUGGCUACGAACUUUUGGAUUCACCGGGAGCUACUGGGAAAGCCAAGAGACAGCCGAAGGCAGGCCUUUCCUUGUCAUCCUUGACGGUCUUUGCAAAAGCGCUAAGGGGAGGUUUUCGGUCAUGUGUUGGCAAUGCAUGCCUCAACAUGCAACAUAUGGGCGGCAGAUGUUUGUCUGCCAAAGACUUCAAAGACAGUGCUCUCCAGAUUGCCAAACACUGUCAAGCUUGA